UAUACAAAAGUUAUUGAAGGUAUCGAAAUAAAAAUGUAACUCCAGGUCUUCGAAAUCCUUGUUCUUUUUACUCAUUCCCGGACAGAGCAAAACCACUCCCAGUACCAGAAGGAAUUCAAAAUGUUAAGCGUUAAGGAGUUAGUUGAAUCCAACAGCGUGAGGUCUGUUCCCUCCAACUACAUCAGCCUUAAAAGCCCCGAAGAUUCCAUGUUGUAUGAAACAGAGAAUAUUCCUACCAUUGAUUUUUCUCAACUCACCUCUUCCAAUCCCUUCGACCGCUCCAAGGCAAUCCAACAACUCGGCUAUGCAUGCCGCGAUUGGGGUUUCUUUAUGCUAAUAAAUCACGGUGUUUCGGAGACACUAAGGGAGAAGAUGCUUAGGGCAACGCAGAGCUUCUUUGAUCUGAGUGAGGAAGAAAAAAAGGAGUACGCAGGAGAGAAGGUGCUUGAUCCAAUAAGAUAUGGGACAAGCUUCAAUGUGAUGGUGGACAAGGCACUUUUCUGGAGAGAUUUUCUCAAAUGCCAUGUUCACCCUCACCUUAAUGUUCCUUCCAAACCCACUGGUUUUAGUGAGAUUGUGGAUGAAUACAUAAGAAAGAGCAGGGAAGUUGUUGGAGAGUUGCUGACAGGAAUAUGUGGAAGCUUGGGCCUUGAAGAAAAUUACAUACAUGAAAAGUUGAAUGUAGAGUUGGGGGCCCAGAUGCUGAUUGCCAACUUUUACCCACCAUGUCCUAAGCCUGAACUUACAAUGGGCCUUCCUGCACAUACAGACCAUGGGCUUCUGACUCUUUUGCUGCAAAACCAGUUUUGUGGGCUUCAAAUUCAACACAAGGGCAAGUGGAUUCCUGCCAACCCCUUACCCAACUCCUUUCUCGUUAACACUGGAGAUCACCUUGAGAUACUGACUAAUGGGAAAUACAAGAGCGUCCUUCAUCGUGCAGUAGUGAACACAAAAGGCACAAGAAUUUCCAUUGCCACAGCACACGGAGCUCCGCUUGAUACUAUUGUGGGUCCUGCACCAGAGUUUAUUGACUGUGAUAAUCCAGAAGCAUAUCGUGCCAUUAAAUAUGGAGAUUAUAUACAGUUUCAGCAAAGUCAUGAACUCCACAGAAGGUCCUGCUUGGAUCGUAUUCGGAUUUGAAUGAAAAAUGGUUGGGUAGCAUUGUCUCAAUUAUUUUGUGCUUGUGUUUCAACAUUUAGUUUCUAUUUUAAAACUUGUACAUUUGGGAUAUGAUUUAUAUAUGUGUAGGUCAAAAUGCUUGCUGCACCAACUUGUCCAUCCAGUUCAAUAAAUUUUAUAUUUUAAAAUAUGAAA